CUUCAUCCAAAAAAAAAAAACCAGAAACCCAGAAAAAUCGAUGAGUGACUCAUCAGUCUUUGUCCGAAGCUCACAUUUCAUUGUCGUGAUUCUCUUCCUCAACCUCUUGACUUUCUUCUCCGUUGUCUCCUCCGAUGAACUUUUCGUCGUUGUGGAUGAAACUGGUUCACUACAAGUAACUCCAAGAACAGAGGUGAUAGAUUCUCUUGGUAUAACAUCGAUAUGUGAGAGAUUACAUAUCCAUGGAUUACAAAGAAGAGUUAAGCACAUUGAUAGAUAUGCACACUCACUAAAGUUGACCCUUUUGAGUAAUAAUGCUUCCAACAGUAUAGACGUUUGUUUCCACAGGAAUUCGUCGCGUGCAAUUGGAAUGUGUCCUCAUGGUCAGUGGAAGAAAGUGUCCAAAGGGUUACCUUGGGUUGGGAUGAUGUCACCUUUUGACUCUAAGAUUCUUGAUAUAAGAGCAUUUGGUGGCUCGUCUAAAGUCAUCACCUUGGAGCUGUCUGCUAAACAAGAGUUUUUCAUGUACCGGAUUGUGUUUUUAAUUAUGGGGAUAGUGUUACUGAGUUUGGCUUCUAGACUUAGCAAAUCAGUAGUGUUUUACCAUAUUGGUGCAAUGUCUAUUGGGAUUAUCAUUCUUUUAACUCUUAUCAUUAAUCAGGGGAUAAAGCGUCUCCCAACCGGAGGGAAGAGUCGGUUUGAGUUAUUUCUCUACUCGUCUAUGAUUGGUGUGGGAGGUUACUUUCUUCAAUACAUUCGCGGUUUAAUUCAAGAUCUGCUAAUGCAGAUAGGAAUCAGUGAAGAUUUGUAUAUCCCUCUGGCGAUUAUUUUGGUUGUGUUUGCAAUUAUGUUGGGAGCAUGGUCAGGAUUUUGGACUGUAAAGAAAUUUGUUGCGACUAAAGAUGGUUCUAUUGACAUUGGUACAACAAUCUUUGUCUCUUGGUCCAUCCGAGCUUUUGCUGUGGCUCUGAUCCUUCAGAGCUCUGUAGAUCCAUUGCUUGCUGGAGGAGCUUUGAUUACUGGAAUUCUCAUCUCAUCGAUUCUAAUGAGUAUCAGCAGAAAGCUGUUAGCUCAAAGAAUCUAUGAGCAAGAUGAUGAAACUGAGUGUUGUAGCCCCGGCUUAAUCCAUGCUACUUCGUUUGCUUCUCCUCUUCCUAGAGGUUCCAAGAAGAUAUCUAGGACAGUACCACUGUCUGAUUCAGAUAUAUUCCCUUCUUCAUUCCACAAAACACCAGAAGGGAGAAGAAAGCUCACGAAGGAAGAGUUGGAAAAGUUCACUAAAGAGAGCACAGAAAAGGCAAUGAAGGAAUUGGUUUCUUCACCCGGUUUCAGCGAAUGGACGGUGAAAAAUGCUACAAGAAUUAAUGUAAAUCCCUUAAAGAAAUCGUCCAGUAAGUUGACUUGUACGAUUAAGCGACGGAGAUGGUUCCCCUGGUUCUGAAAACCAAGCAGCCAGGGAAACUUUUUGAACCAGUCGGUGAGUGUAGACUCUUGUAACUUUUUAGGGCACAAUUGUUGUAAUAACCCUACUUGUUUCUUCUUAGGUUGGUUGUGUACGAAGCAACAAACAUCGCUUCUAUAUUUCUUGUGGGAAAAAAAUCUCAUUGAUGAAUGAUUUGUACAACUCUUUUUCGUUUUUGGUCCUGAAAUCAACAAAAUAUUAACUUUUUA